AUGCGGGCCCGGGAGGUCCUCGGGGAGGUCCAGGAGGUCUCAGGGUUUACGUUAAAAACGGAGCUGCCCUGCUCCCGGCUGAGCCGCGCGUCGGCCAGGAGGGAACAUCCCCGGCCCCCGCUCGCCUCCUCACGGCGCCUUCUCGUUGCAGUGCUGAAGAAGCGGCUCGUGAAGCUCGUCGUCAACUUUCUCUUCUACUUCCGCACGGACGAAGCGGAGCCCAUCGGAGCUCUGCUGCUGGAGCACUGCAGAAUCACCAAAGAGGAGGAAAACGUCUUCUCAAUCAGCUUCAUUGAAGAGCCAGAGAGGAAAUACUGCUUUGAAUGUGACAGUGAAGAGCAGUGUCAGGAGUGGAUCGAGGCACUCAAGCGAGCCAGCUACGAGUUCAUGAGGAGGAGCUUGAUUUUCUACCGGAAUGAGAUCCAGAAAAUGACAGGGAAGGACCCCCUGGAGCAGUACGGGAUCUCCGAGGAAGCCCGCUUCCAGCUGGGAACACGCAAGCAAUAACCCUGGCUUGGGCUGGCCGGGCGUCUGGCC